UUUGGGGGGGGGUAGGGGGGAGCGGCAGCACCAUUAUCCGGCCCCGCUCCGAAAGUGGCUUCUCCGCCUCCCUCCUCCCGGAGCCCGAGCGGCGGGGCGAGGAGAUCCUGAGGAAGUGCGGGGUGAAAAAAAACCCAACAGAGAGCACCCGCGGCGGGCGGGCAGGGCUCGGCGGGCCGCGCUGCGAGCGGCCAUCUCGGCUGGGAGCAGCCAUGGAGUUCCCGGGCGGCCGCCCCUAAGCAGGGCCGGGACGGCGGCGAUGACAGCGGCGUGAGGGGCUCUGCGCAUCCCCAUCCCGUCCCCGUCCCCAUCCCACCCGCCCCGCCCCUCCCCACCGCCCCCCGCUGCCAGGCGCAACUCUCCGCGGACGCUGCUCCGGCAAAGAUGGAAGAAAAACGACGGAAGUACUCGAUCAGCAGUGAUAACUCAGACACCACUGACAGUCACACCACGUCCGCGUCCAGAUGCUCCAAAAUCCCCAACACCAAAUCCAGCUGGUCCCGGCAGAAGGAGAAGAAGCCCUCUGAGGUUUUCCGCACGGACCUGAUAACGGCCAUGAAGAUCCCCGACUCCUUCCAGCUCAGCCCUGAGGAAUACUAUGUGCUGGCAGACCCCUGGCGCCAGGAGUGGGAGAAGGGUGUGCAGGUCCCAGCCAGCGCCGAGGCCAUCCCUCAGCCCGUGGUCAGAAUCAUACCCCAGCUGGAGAACCUGCCUUCCCCAGUGUCCCCCAGCAGCCUGCCGGGCUCUGAGAUUUCAGAAGCCACGAGGACGUACCUGCAGGGCGUGAGCCGUUAUGACCUGGAUGAGCUGGAUGCCUGCUGGUUGGAGCUCGUGAACAUGGAGCUGAAGGAGAUGGAAAAGCCCAAGCUGGAUGAGAUCACCUUGGAGAGAGUGCUGGAGGAGCUGGAGACGAUGUGCUACGAGAACAUGAACAUUGCCAUUGAAACAGAGGAGGGCCUGGGCAUCGAGUACGAUGAGGACGUGGUGUGUGACGUCUGCCGCUCACCAGAGGGGGAGGAUGGCAACGAGAUGGUGUUCUGUGACAAGUGCAACGUCUGCGUGCACCAGGCAUGCUAUGGCAUCCUGAAGGUCCCCAUUGGCAGCUGGCUGUGCCGGACCUGCGCCCUCGGUGUCCAGCCCAAGUGUUUGCUGUGCCCGAAGAGAGGAGGAGCACUGAAGCCCACUCGGAGCGGGACGAAAUGGGUCCACGUUAGCUGUGCCUUAUGGAUACCUGAAGUUAGCAUUGGAUGUCCUGAAAAAAUGGAACCCAUUACUAAGAUCUCACAUAUCCCAGCAAGCAGAUGGGCUUUGUCCUGCAGCCUCUGCAAGGAGUGCACUGGGACCUGCAUUCAGUGCUCCAUGCCUGCCUGUGUCACCGCAUUCCACGUCACCUGCGCCUUUGACCACAACCUCGACAUGCGGACUAUUUUAGCAGACAAUGAUGAAGUGAAGUUCAAGUCCUUCUGCCUGGAGCACAGCACUGGUGCCACCAAACUACCUGAGGAGACACGGACAGAGCCUGACCAAGCCCAGCUGGACCUGGAGAAGGUGACACUGAGGAAGCAAAAGCUCCAGCAGCUGGAGGAGGACUUCUAUGAACUCGUGAAGCCUUCCGAGGUGGCAGAAAACCUCGAUUUAAGUGAGUCGCUGGUGGAUUUUGUCUAUCAGUACUGGAAGCUGAAGAGGAAAGCAAACUCCAACAAACCGCUGCUGACACCAAAAACGGAUGAAGUGGACAACUUGGCUCAGCAGGAGCAGGAUGUUCUCUACCGGCGCUUGAAGCUUUUCACACACCUCAGGCAAGACCUGGAGAGGGUUAGAAAUCUCUGUUACAUGGUGACGAGACGGGAGAAAAUGAAACACACCAUCUGUAAACUCCAGGAGCAGAUCUUCCACCUGCAGAUGAUACUCAUUGAGAAGGAUCUUUACCCAGAACAAACUGGGAAGAAGACAAAGGGUAAGAAAAGUGAUCCGAGAAGGAAAGGAAGAGAUGGUAGAAAAAAUAGCCCUGAGAAGAAAGAAAAAAGGAAAUCAGUCAACGAAACUGUGUUGGGACAACUGGGCUUGUCGACUUCCUUCCCCAUCGAUGGGACCUUCUUCAACAGCUGGCUGGCACAGUCAGUGCAGAUCACAGCUGAGAACAUGGCCAUGAGCGAGUGGUCCCUGAACAACGCGCACCACGAGGACAGCACGCCCGGCCUGUCCGAGGAGCUGCUCCAGGACGAGGAGACGCUGCUCAGCUUCAUGAUGGACCACUCCCUGAGGUCCCCCUUCAAACAGAGCGAGGCCGCCAAGAAGGUGAAAAGCAAAACGAGAACGAACACUAAGAAAAAGCUGCCCCGGAGCGGCCUGACCGCUGUCUUCAGGAGCCAGCAGGAGGGCUCGGAGCGGUGGACUAACCACACCAGCGACCUGUCAGACGAUGCUGCCAAGCCCUGUGCCCAGGAAUCGCGGCCCGGCAGGUCGGAGAAAGGGGCGGCGAGGCCCGCGGACCGCAGGGGAUCGGGCGAGGCAAAAAGGGCGGCGAGGAAGGGGCCCGGCCCCAAAGGCAGCGACCCGCUGGCCCCGAGGGGCUGUGCCGGAGAGGAGGAGGCGGUGGUGGCGGCCAACGGCGCUCGGCCCGAGCCCAACCCCACGGCUCAAGUGCCUGACCCCGUAGGUAGCCCGAAAACCGUCGUGCGGUUCAAAUUACCAAAGGAGAGCCGAGGGACUCGGCGCUCGCAGCCCCCCAAGACCGAUGGCCCCGGAGGGCCCCCCCUGCACCGCUUCGAGGCUGAGACGGAUGGCUACUUCUCUGACGCCGAGAUGAGCGACUCGGACGGGGAGCCGCGAGGUGGCCGGGCGCAGCGGGGCCAGCUGGAGCCGGGCGGCGAGGAGAUCGUGCGGAUGAGCAUCCUGGCUUCCUAACGGCACGCGGCCGCCCUGCUCCUCCCAUCACAACUGCCAUGGCCAAUUUCUGCCUAGUAUCACAGCGAGAGGGGGAUUUUUAAUCUGUAUAUAUAGUUGGAAAUUCGGCACCGUUGUCUUUCUCUUCUCUUUUUGCCUGAGAUACAGCUUCAGCUUCACCGACGUAGAUUGCCGUGACAGUAGUUGUCCCCUCCGGCUGCCCCGCUCCCUGCGGAGGUAGCCAUGCAAUGGGCAUUAUUCCAGAGGGGCAGAUCUCCCUCCUGUAUCGGGGUAAAGGCAGGGGCUGGGAGCCGAGCAGGGAAGCCAGCCAUGGGCGCGUGCAUUGACAAGGGAGGGAAGUAGACGAUGCUAAAAUAAAUAACGACAAAAGCACAACGAGUUUGGUGGGGGGAGCGCUCGGGGCGGGAGAGAGCCACGUUUGUGUUUGUAGAAAAACCUCAGUCAUUGCUUUUUUCCCUUCUGAUUGGAAACCAUCCCAGGUUGUUCCUGUCCCUGAGGUGGCAUCUCGGCCACGGCCCUCAGAAGCAGUUUGGUUGGGUUCGUGGGUUAGCGCUCAGCAAGCUGGAAUAGAGGCGAGGGGAGGGACAGAGAGGGAAAAGUCCUUUAGGAGCACUGGGGGGACUGGGCAGCCUGCACCCACCUGAGCCUCCCCUGCACAGCAGCAUGCUCAGCCCCAGGCACUGCAGCCGGGGGGAAGGAGCACGCUCAGCCCUCUGAUUUUCCGACGAAACGCUACAAUGGAAAUGGUGAAUUUAUUCCUCCCCGUCCUUUAUCCUUUUUUUUUUUUUUUAAAUUCCUUAAAUCCUGGUUAUGAGCUGUUGACUCCUUGUGGGAGGGUGAUUCACAGAAGCUGACAUUAUAAAUAUGACAAUAAUUUAAUGCAUAAAAUGUCCCCAAUAAGCCUUAAAUGUUGUUCAAAGCCCAUGUUACCGACGAGUCAGGCGAAUUUCCAUGUUUGCACUUAAUUGCACCAUUACUUCAGUUUUGGCUUCAAAGGUCACAGUGAAGUCGCGCUACGUGUUUUAUUGGAGUGACCCCAGUGUGAGCUCAGGGAACAAAAAAAAAAAGGAAUUCACUGAAACUUUUGUUGUUGUUGUUUUUUAAAAAUAAUAAUAAAAAAUGUUUAAAAAAGGAAAAAAAAAAAAAAAAAAAAGAAACUAACUAACCUGGGACACUUCUGCAACUGGUUAAACCCAUCACUUCAAACAGAAAACCUUACAGUUGUCCAACAGAACAGUCAAAUCUUUUUUUGUGGAUGCCAAAGAAUACGUUGACAGUCAAGCAGCACAGCCAGAAACUGGAAACUUGUCACUAGGAACAAUUGGGAGUUAUUUAGCAACCAAGGACUAAAGACACACUCAUGCACACUGCUGCAGCGUUAGGUUCCAAGCUUGCUGAAGGGGUGCUGAGCCUGCGCCCCUCCGUUUUGAUUUCCAGUGCUUUUUGCUCAUUUCACUGUGAGCUUUCUUCUGAUACUCUGAGACUCCUUUAACCGACUGUCCCGGUGUUUUAGAGUAGAUCAGCUUUAUCAGCCUUCAGAGAGUCCUUAUUAGCGGUCAGAUUGCAGCCCGGCUGACCCCAGGCAGCACGCAGCCCUUGGUGCCCCCCAAGCUGGGAUGGAGCAUCCAGAGCACGGCUGCGUCGCGGGGAGCAGAACCAUGGAUCGGUCAAACGGGAACCACCUCCCAUAGAAAUUCAUCCAUCGAGGUUGGAAAUGAAAAUCUGCUCAUUAAAUAAGGCUCGGUAUGUUCAGAUAAUGUUAAA